GUCGGAGUUCUUUCGGUUUUCGAGUUACUUAGGAGGAGGUGACUUCUGACUGAACUGGGUGAUUUAUUUCUUCCAGGCUUAGGUCUUGGUCUUGGUAUUUUGUUUGUAUUGGUCUCGAAAUGGUGGGUGGUGAGCGGUGGUCUGGUGACGGCCGUUGCGCUUCAAGCGGUCCACCAGUUCGUUGGAACGGCAACGACCAACGUUCCUCGCCUGUUCCCAGCUUGAUGGAGGCCUCAGAGAAAAGGCCAACAGCAACAGAAACGUCUUUCCAGCAAGACAAGUUUACAGAAGUCAGAGAUAAGCUCUUCAAAGUAGGCAAGUACGACAUAGAAUGAGAGCCGCUUGAGUGCAGAUCACAUCUUUAUCUCAACGACCUUUUUCAAUGGCGCUGAUGAGUGGACCGGCAUGUUUCUUGGCCCACCUUCGUGUAAACAUUUCACCGGCACUUCCUCAUGAGCAUCACCUGGAGAAGAGGUGGGCCACUGCAGACAGACAGCACUCUUGUGGAACUGCUUGCCAACGUUGUCCUUGGCACCUCUUAGCGCUUGGAGCCCUUGGAUCUUCAGGAUCUUUGACAGCGCGGACGAGUGCCAGACGUGACCUUGGAGGUAGAUGCAGCCGUGUGGCUCUUCGGUCUUCUAGGGCUGAACUGCUGGUGGAUGGCGAUGUGCAUACAAUGGAUGAAAUUCGAGAGGCUAUCGCGUAUUUGGAGAUAGGAGGGAGGCAUGUUCGUACCAGAUUCUUCUGCGAGCCUGAGCGGGCUGACAACAAGAAGUGGAAGGAAUUCUUUAAAGACAUGAACAUCGAAUUCCAACCAGUUCGGCGGUCAGCUGAUCUUUUGCAUGAGGCCACUGAUGAGGCAAUCAGCCGGGCCUUGACAGAAGCUUCCAGUCUUGGCUUUGAAUGUGUGGGCUUGGUCACCUCUGACUCAGACUUCAUCAAGACCAUACUUGAAGUGGAGCGCUCAGGAACUAGCUGUUUUGUGUUUGUCCCAGCAAGCAAAAAGUCGCUUGUUCGAGCGUUUGAGGUGGGCGGUGUUCGCACAGUGAGGCUACAAACAAAUAAGGAAUACAAUGUGGGUCCCAAAGUUAGGGCUCUUCUUCAUGAGGAUGGAGCAGGCUCAGUGCAGUUGGCUGACCCUUUCCUUUACAGCGUCUCACGUGAAGUGUUUGAUGCUCGCCUGGCAGUGGUGAAAGACUUUCUUGAUGGCCUUGGCUACGGACGGGAAGGCCACACAAUACAAAGCAUUGCAAAAUUCUGGUAUGCAAAUUGCGUUGGUUCGCUGGUCGUGUUUCCAGCUGCGUUGAGCCUGAACGCAAUCGAAGAAGUCAUCGGACCUGAUUCACGGCUUUCAUCAUGGGUUCACUACACUGAGUUUGGACAGCUUGCAUACUUUUUGCCCGCAACUCUUGGGGGCCGCAAGAGUAAGAGCAACGCCCAAACCUACGGGAACGCACUUUCACGGAGCAUUUUCAAGGGUGGUGGCCCAUUCAUGUUGUCGGAUUCGCCUCAGAUGGUAGCGCAGGCCCUACGGCGUUUGGGGUACCUAGAUGAUGAGUUAAACGCGGAUCUCCCUGAAGCACUGCUGUGUUUUGUGAAUGCAAGCAAAAACAAAACGGCGCUAAGAAAACAAGGUUUUCUGCCAGCUCAGGGAGCGACGAACAGCAACAUACAAGCCAAGCUUCGGGAAGCCUUUCUUUCAACCUCAUUUACUGGGGUAUGGCAGGUGAGCAAAGGCGAUGGAGCAAUGCAGGACAUUCAGCGAGCUCUCCAGAGGGCCGGAGUUCUUGCAAAAACGGAUUCUGGAUACUCCAAGCAUGAGACAUUUGAGGCGAUGAAGCUGUUCUCACAAACACAUGGGCUGCCGAGCAUGAAAACAUAUAAUGGAAUAGCUUGGAGGGUUUGGGAUGCUCUUCGUGUGUCUGGGACGAGCCCGAGCAGGACUGCAGACGUCAAAUUUUGAAGCGACUGCGGAUGGAGCCUUUGGCUGUCAGGAAAGACCGAGCACCCUGGUUCAUGUCUUUGUCGAAGGUUGCUGUGCUCCUUCUUGUCCUUCUUGCUCCUGCAGAAGGCAGUGCCCUUGCUCCUUCGUAUGACUUCCAAUAAGUUCUUCCGCCCUCCUUCCCACAGCGAUCGGAUCCUUGGCGACUGAUCCUGCUACACACCACCAUAGAUUCCUUCUGUAUUACCUUCCAGAAUAUAGGACUUUCUUGCCAAGGCCAUCCUUAUCAUCCUUGUCCUCGAUUCUUUUCCAUGCUGUAGCGUGAGUGCCCUUGGCAGUUCAUUGUGUGCUGUACGCUUUGGAUCCACCCAUGAGUGUAUGAGAACGACCGUCCAACGAGUAACCCAUGAAGACACGAGUGACGCACCGAACCACAAAGAUGUUGGAUCAUUUGAUCUACAAUCGCCGUUCACUGGAUGUACGACGGGGUGUUGGGAUCCCCCAAAAACACACACUCCUAUGCCAGGCCCCCCUGGAACAGGGGUGUCUAUAACUAUAGCUCCUUAGAGGUGAUUCGGGGUAUCCAUGAACCACCCCCAGUUCGGCGCCUUUUGGUGCCGUUUGGCGCCUUUCCGACCUUUCAAGGCCUAAACCAAAGCCGUUUGACCUUCCUCGAGUCGCUCUUCCUUCGGGAGCCCUAUGAAGCCAGCCACGUGCAUUUGGUGUUGCACGUGCUGGCAAACCUGAGCUUGGAAGAGCUGGUGGCGCAUCCGCCCCCGCGCCACGAGCUGCGCUUGGAGCGUUGGCUCGCGAAGCGCCUGGAACGCUCCACCAAGCGUUCACGUCCACACGGCCACGCCACCGAUCUGUCGCCGCCGAUCCUUCGGGUGGCACCGGAUCUGCUGCUGGCGCCCAUCGCGCAAAGCCCCGCGGUGGAGAAGCGCCAGCUGCGCCAGUGGCAUCUGACAUGCAAAGAGAGCAGCUCUUGCUUUGAGCAGCAUGUGUUGUCGUUAGCCCAGAAGCAGAUCCCCGAACGAGAUCCCAAACACAACUUGGUGUUGAUCUUCAACGACGACGAUGGCGUGUGGGAAGGCAGUUGGAAUGAGGCCAACCAGGAAGCCUUCCGUCGCUUAGAGACCGCAAAAGACGUGGAGUUGCGCGGGCGGCGCAGCGUGGCGCCCUUCGUGGCGCCCUUUCGGCGGGCCUUGUGGUCCGACUACUACGUGCCGCGGAUCGCCGCGACGAACGCGGCCGAAGGUGCUGGGCGUUCGAGGCUUGGAACCUUGGUGCUGGUGUGGGGCCUUGAUGAAGAGUUUGGCCAAGAACAGCUGGAUCUGUUGAGCACCUUGGUGCGGAACGAGGGUGGAGGUCUUGGAGAUGCGGUGGAGGACACCGAAGGAAGACCCUCUCGACACCGCUUCGGCCAUCCGAACCGCCCCGAAGGCUCCGACGAGCUGCGCCGCGCCGAGACCUUCGACGCGCCGGGCGCCCGGCGGCGCUUCGCCCGGGGAGCCCAGUGGGACCGGAGCGGUGGGGCUGGUGGGCGCUGUGGAAGCGCUGUUUGGAUGCGCGCGGCGCUGCGUGCAAUCCUGGCAGAACGCCUAGGUGUGGAGCCACAAGAGCUGCAGUUCCAAUAUGGCCCACAUGGGAAGCCAGAGUUGGCCACUCCUUGGGCGCGAAAGCAGCUGAGCUUCAGCGUGUCGCACUCGGGGCAGGUUUGGGUUUUCGAGAGCUUUCUGGGCCUUGCUGAAACCAUGUGCUCUGUCGGCGUUGACCUGGAAGAGCGUCGGCCCAGGCCCUUCUUACGCCUUGCGAAGCGCUUCUUCACGGCGGAGGAGGUCUCAGCCCUGCGACGCGUGGAGGCGGCCCGAUGGCAUCGCAGUGGUGGGAGCGUGGCUGAAGACGCUGGGGAGUGGCUUAUCAGGUCCACCCUGAAGGGGACGCCGCUGCCCAAUCACAGUGUCUCAGUGUCCAUGCCAAAGGGAGUGCCGCUGAAGUUAGAUCAUUUGUCACAGGUGGAUGCACAGGUUUUCCCAGAACUCUCCUGCGUUGGCUAUGGAUCCCUCGUGCAGCGGCAGCGCAGGUCCAUUCCCAAGCGGCCCAUGUUCGGCGCCACGGAUGUUGGAGCCAUCAAGGAUGCCCAGGGCCUCUUGCAAUUGAGCGACUAUGACGAUCUGAAGGCCCUCAUCCUGGACGAGGCGGAGUUGGCGGACGGACGGGAGGGUUUGCUGGCGCAAGAGGAGCUGCCCGAUGGCGUACGGAGGUGGAAAGACGAGAAAGGCGCCGGGUGGGUCGCGCGGCAUCCCAACGGCAAGGGCACCCGCUGGUUCAACAAGACCGUUUGGAAGAGUUGGCGGAUGGCCUUCUUGUUGGCGCGGCUCCAGCGCGAUUUGUGGGGCAUUGUCGACGGCCAGGCAUGUGGAAGUCCAGACCCCGCGGAAGAGGUGAAGGAGAAGGAGGUCGAGCGCCGCAAGCGGGGCCGGCCGCCCAAGAGUCCUGGAACACCAGGUACUCCACGUGCUUCAGCUGCCGGCAGCUCCUCGCGCGGGCGUGGGCGUGGGCGCGGGCUCAAGCGGCCCGCGACGGAGGCUCAGAAGCCGAAGAAGGCGCCGAAGACAGCGCCGAAGAAGACACCGAAGGCGCGCAGCCCGUCACGCACGGCGCCCACACCAGCAGCGCCCACACCAGCAGCGCCCGCACCAGCGGUGCCUCCAGUGCCGCGUGGGCGGGAGGAGAAGCUCCUAGGCGGGCGACAUCGAGCGCUGGCGCUCUUUAACCUCCGCACCGAGUGGGGACGUGAGGCUUUGGCAGGCCUGUUGAAGGACGGCUUCGCGGUGCUUCAUGGCGUCUUCACUCCUGCGGAGUGUGACUUGGCGGUGGAUAAGAUCUGGGACUUCGCCACGGGACGGUGUCCCAACUUGGACCCCAAAGAGGAGACCACCUGGAGCAGUGAGAAUUGGUCGCAGGUGGCUCGUGGGAAGAACCUCUGUCAGCUUCAUGGCGCCGGUUGGGUUUUGUGGGAGGAGCGGCUGCGCUUUCGAGAGCGCUUGGUGGAACGGGGCAUUUAUGCCGAUGUGCCGCACCACGCGAGUUGGGAUGGCUUCCACUUUGGGCGGCCUUCACAGAGACUUUGGGGAAAGUCUCAUUGGGAUCAUACGGAUCAGGUGCUCCUCAAUGGGGAGAGCACGGGGUGCACCUGGAUCCAAGGCCUUGUGCAAUUGAACGACAUGGAUCCUGCCGAAGGGCCAGCCUUCGAGUGCUGGCCGGGCUCGCAGCAGGACGACAUCUUUGUGCCGCUGCAGAAGACGGCAGGCCUUUGCGAAGCGACGCCCAGCGGGAGCAGCUUUCGGCUGCUGACGGAUGCUGGGCGCGGGUGGCUUCAGGGCAAGGGGCUUCAGCGGCAGCGGGUGACGGUGGGUCCGGGUGACGUGAUCCUCUGGGAUUCCCGCCUGGUCCACCAGGGCGGGGCGCCCGCCUCGGCCGACGGCUCGCGCGCGAAGAGCGCUGGCGGACGACGGGUGCGGGGCUGCUUCGGGCGGAUGGUGCAAUACGUCUGUUUAGGUCUGGCCGAGUUCACCUCGCCCUCGGUGCUUCAGAAGCGCCGGAAGUGCUUCGAGUCCGGUGGCGACGCCGUCACCUUGAACCACAAGCCGGACAGCUUCGAGCCCUUUCGGAAGAGUCGACACCAUCCCAACAGCCCGCCGUUGCCCUUCCCGGUGACCCUUCCGCCGAGCGCGCGGCAGCUGCACGGCCUGGGGGAGCCGGUCUAG